UCUGGCCGAUCAGAAAUUUAUAAAUGCCGCCGUCUGUCCAGAGCCAAUUUACAGUUUGCCAUUGAACCUGGUCGGGCGUUCGCCAAAAAUUAUCGAGCGGUUAAAAUUUUGUAGUGCCUUCCAUCGAUUGAAUCAAACAUGAUGCUCUUCCGACUGGGCUCCGUUGCCCUGUUCUUCUGUUUGGCCAGUGGUGCCUCCAAUUUCCCUCCAGAGCUGCCUCGCUGCCAUAUGGGGGACACUAGCUGCAUCAUCAAUGUAUCCCACAUGCUGAUCCGCCAAUACGCAAAGACUGGCUACCCGGCGGCAGGUUUCCCCCAGGUGGAACCUUUCCUUGUGAAGCGAUUUGACAUAUCAGAUGGACGCACUGGCUCCCUGAACCUCAAGCUUAACUUUAGGGAUGUGAAUGUGGAGGGCCUGUCCGGAGUGAAGUUCGAUAGAGCUGUUGGCUUUGGUCCGGAUCCGGCAACAAGCAAGUUUGAGAUGUACGGAUCAUUCCCCAAGAUCGUUUUGAAGGGCAAGUAUGUGGCGGAUGGACGGAUCCUAAUCCUACCCAUUCGUGGUGAUGGCGACGCCGAGAUCGUCCUGCACAAUCCCAAAUUCUCAGUGAAGUUCAAGCCGGGUACCCAGCAGCGCAAUGGACGCACCCACCUGAGCGUGGACAAGCUUAAGGUGCUAGUAGAGCCACAAAAGAUGAAUAUUCGACUAGCGAACCUCUUCAAUGGCGACCAGGCGUUGGGAACGAAUCUGAAUCAGUUUCUCAACGACAACUGGACGGAGGUGUGGAACGAGCUGCAUCCCUCUAUCCAUGUGGCCAUUGCCGAGAUCAUGAAGAGCGUUUUGUCACAGCUGUUCAAGCGAUUCGCCUACGAGGAUCUGUUCCUGGAGAACUGAGCACUAGUCGUCCAGCAUUAGGCUAAGUGUACGAGUAUUUCCUCACCAGCAUUUCACACUCAUGGGGCGUUGCAUUCCGGCCAUUGACACAUCAUCAUCGUAUCUGCUAAGCUAAGCUUUAAAUUGUAGAAUAAACAAAAAAUAAUACGAAAA